UCGCCCAAGUACUGGUGGUUUAAAAAGGCCUGAAAGGCCCUCCUGUCCAGAUUUGACAGGCAGCACAGCCUUCCUGUUCACAUUUUUUUGUGCCAGGAAGACGACCUGUGAGCGCGUGCCAAUGAAUUGCAAAAGCAAAGGUGAUGACCCUGGUGGAGGAGGCGAUCACCCCAAGGGACCAUCUAUCUACUCUCAUGGGGGGUUUCCAGUGGCUUCGUUCAGCGUCGAGGUUGGGAAAAAAAACCGGAACUUCGGUAGCAGCAGCGACCAGGCGAGUCCUAAUCCCAAUGCAGGCGGGCAAAGGCAGCAGACGGUUGGUGCCAACAGCAGUGGCCCAUCUGUCCCGCCCACGGGGCCGUGUGUGGGGACCACCAACCGCUCUGGUGGGAGCCGUAGCAGCCUGAACAACGGCCAGACGGCCACCACGUUUGCAGCGUCACGAAGCCCAAGUCUCGCGCCAAUCACGCCACCACCCAAACCGCUGCUUCUCGUGUUUCCCGCCACAGAAGGAGAAUAUCCCGUCCUCGUAUUCCAGCAUGGAUUUUGUCUGGUUAAUUCCUAUUACAGCCAACUUCUGCAACACGUGGCAUCCUAUGGGUUUAUUGUCGUCGCACCGCAGAUGUAUACCAUUUCCGGUCCUGAUGCAACAAGGGAGAUUGCUGAUGCAGCGAAGGUUAUCAGCUGGAUGGAGAGAGGGCUAGCAGCAUCGUUUCCUGAACCAUUCCAACACACCGUACGCCCUAACUUAUCAAAGCUGGCCUUAGCGGGCCACAGCCGUGGUGGGAAGGUUGUUUUUGGUAUAGCUAAGGGGACAACGGCACCAAUUUCCCUUAAUAUAUCGGCGUUGAUUGGAAUCGAUCCUGUCGAUGGGACAGGCCAGGGAAAGUCCAUUCCGCCACCUGUGCUAAACUUCUCUAAGAACUCCUUUGGUUUCAGCUUACCCACGCUUGUUAUUGGAUCCGGCCUCGGACCCAUUCCCAAAGGCCUGCUUCUGCCUCCAUGCGCUCCUGCCGAAGUUGGGCACAGAGUGUACUAUGCGGACUCCUCACCCCCGAAAUACCACUGUGUCUUGAAAGACUUUGGCCACAUGGAUUUUCUUGAUGACUGUACGAAAGGGCUGCGAGGUACUCUCUCAUAUUGUGUCUGCAAAAACGGCUCUUGCCGGAAACUGGCAAGGAGAUUCACUGGUGGUCUGCUAGUGGCUUUUUUAAAGGCAGUACUGUUGCAAGACCGAGAGGAUCUUGACACCAUUUUCAACAGGCCAGCACUUGCACCCAUUCAGCUUUCUCUUCUAGAGAAGGAGGAGAUUGUUCAAGCUGGUAGCCCUGCAAUUCAGAAAACAUCUUAGGUGGCAGGCGGCGCUUUUAUAAUCAUAAGACAGGAUCUAUAAUUGAUUUUAAAGCACGAUUUGCAUGGUUGAACGUUACAGAGUGCUUUGGAUUGUGCAACAAUGUUGGCCUUAGAAAUUGUGACUUUCACAUUUAUGUCGCUGGGUUAAACACUCAUUUGGCACCUUUGUACUUCUGUAUCAAAACAGGACGUCGUGUUGCUUCCCGCCAUAGAAGAGAGCUGACUGAAGAUGGCGGUAACGAAUCCCAGAUUAUGGGAUGAAGAUGUCCAACUUGAAUAAUAGUCAGAAGAUGAAAUGCCUAGAGCACGUUAACAUGUUUACGAUGGACAGCCCACUAGUGGCAAUCAAGUUGAACGCUCAUCCAAAGAUGGAGAAUGAAAAUACGAUGUGAGGGAAAUUUGAAUGUGGACAGGUAGUACGAUGCUCCGAGUACUCAUCAAUUAACAUCCGAUGUCUCUCGUCCUUGGGGACAUCCGCCAAAAUUGGAACGAUACAGAGAAGAUUAGCAUGGCCCCCUCCGUAAAGGAUUUUUCAUGGUGAAAAAAACAUUCAAUUUCUCACUAAAUCUGAGAGUGCCCCCUUCCCCCCCCUCCUGCGGCCUCAGUGCUUUGUAUGGUUGAUUCAUCAUGGGACGCUGGACCUGGUUUCCAGCAGGUGCAGCUCCCCACCAAUAGAAAGAAGCUAUCUGGGUGGGAGGGUGCUAUCCGGGGCCGCGAGAGAGGGUUAAUGGAAGGCCAGAAAUUCGGGUUUUUUCGCCACAUCACCACAAGCAAUGUCAUCAAAAAAAUUUGCGAACAAACAAUGCAGGCUUUUUUUUUUUUUUUAAAGAACAACCUGAGUUGAUGCCAGAGGUGCUGAUAUGGGCAGGCACCGCUAGCACUCCCUGGGAGGCUCCAUCUACUGGUGGUGAGCAGCACCUGCUGGAAAGCGGGUCCAGCAUCCCUAAACAUUGGGAAUUGUUGAAUGGCUUUGACUGUGGUGACAAAACGCUGUCUUUUACAGCUACCUAUGCUUGACUCCCAGUUUGUGUAGGCAAUCCAUCCUCCCUUUCCCCUGCCCCCACCCUUCAAUCAGUAAACGCUUCUGGAUUCU